AUGCAUUUCCAACCUGCCGUCUCCGCCUCCAGCUUUGCCCUUCCCCCUCCCGCUGGAACUGGAACAGCUAACUUUACCGCCUCAGCGCCCGCAUUCGGUCCCGGUCCCGUCGGCAAGAAACCUAUUAUGUCUAUCACGGGCACUCUUGCUCAGGGGAAGGCUAAAAAAGUUGCUGACCAUCUCCAUCUGAGCUCCAAUAAGGCCCGCAGAACUCAGUUACGCGAAAUGGACCGGUUGGUCGAGCCUUCCUCGCUUCUCAACCCGAGCUCGAACCUCUGGACGCCCACAAAAAGUCUUUGUCAGCCAAGCGAAGCUCUUCGCGCUGGCGGAAGAGGUACUCCGGCUUACGCCAGUAAAAGCGGACAGCUCGGAGUCGAAAAGCCAUACGUGGAUGUCUUGAACCUGCUCCCGUGGAAAGACAGAGGCGUUGAAGAUAAAUACUACUCCCAAUACAGAUCGAGCACGCUCACGUCACUGAGUACUCAAAUGGAUUAUUGGAUCAGACCGUUUAGUAGUGAGAGCCCAGCCAAAGCGGAUAACAUACUAUUGGCCGCACUCGCACAGCUCGCACCCAGAAAAGCAAAAGAACUCAAAACCGACUCCGAGCCACUCAAAUUAGUGCAAAACCGAUUCGACCCAGAGCUGAACAAGUCCUUGAGCCCCUACUUAAACCAGUUCUUAUCCCAGACAAGUAAUUUGGACGGGGUAAUAUCCUUGGUGAGCAGGCUCUGGGAGUUCAAUGCCAGAUUGCUUGAAGGACUUGGUUAUCAAGCCGGAGACCCUGAAUACCUGGAAGAGCACAACCACAUCCAAAAUGCAAUGUUUGAGAUUCUUAACAAACCUAGAUCACAUCAAGAAACAGAAGAGAAGCCUAGAUCACAUCAAGAAGAAGAAGAGGAUGCGAUUGCCGAUUUGAUUUUCGAUCCACUCAAGAACGACGCUUUUCAAAAGACAUACAAACCUUCUUAUGAACCCUCCAUACGUGUAUCCAUGUAUCAAAUGAAAAUGACCGAGUCGGUCGUUCAAAUGUUACGUUACCAUUACAAGAAGAAAAACAUAGUGAAAUGGGCGGCCUGCAUCUUGCCCACCUCACCUGACAUCACCUCCGCCCCACUUGGACUACCCAGCAGGAUGAGCCAGGCCCGGACGACUGGGAACACCAAGCCUGCUGCAGCCGACAGACGGCAUCCCAACCCGCCGGCGAGCAAGAGAGCGAACCAGGAACCAACACCGAUGGAGACAGACCCACCGCAGGCACCGCCAACCGAGGCCAAAUUCAACGCUUACACACUACUAGCUGCAUACGACCCACAGCUGAAGUACAACAUCUUGAAGUUCGCGCCCUCGUCGAAUCGGAAGAUCGAGGUGGAUUCAUUCGUCCAGCCUAUCAAGCUGAAUCGUAAAGAUCCUUGGGCGAUCAGAAAGAAGGCGGAGGAGGAGAAGAAACGAUCGCUCGACGCCAAGACGGAGGACGCUGUGAAGACUGAAGAAAAUACGGGUGAAAAUGGUAACGAGAUGAAAAUCGAUCCGGACAACAAUGCCUCUGCGGCAUCGACCAAGACGGCGAGGGACGAGUCAGUGAUCGCACCUGCACCUGCUUCUCAACCCAAGAAAACCCAGCCCUUCAAGAAAAAGACCAGGCAAGUCUUCAUCGCAGCCGAUCAGUCAGCUAGGAUGCUGAAGAAGGAAGAAUACCAAUCCUGGCUACUCGAAGAUGGAUCGCCUAAUGGCGAACGAUGGGUAGGCAGGUACGAAUCUGCUGGUGCCGUUACCGGCUCUUCCACCUCGGCCUCCAGCUCGACGCCCAGCAACAAUACCGACGCCUCUAACUACGUCCUGUUCAGGAUGGAUCCGUCCGGCGAAGCCUUCCAAGUGAUACCCUGUCAUAGGUUCUACAGAUUCACCCAACGACCCAACUACGACACUCUGGGCGCAGAUGAAGCCGAGGCAGCCUACGAAAAGAUGCAAAAACCAACGACCAAGGAGGACGUCGGCCGUUGGUUUAUGCGUCGUCGGGGUGCAAACGCUAGCAGUCAAUCAUCAUCCAAUACUCCCGAUAACAAGACUAGCGAGAGCGUCAAGGUCGAAGCAGACAUCAAACCCGCUUCGUUCUUCGAUCAAUCCAAAGUCUCCAUCGGAACCUCAACUAAACUUCGCUCCCAAGUAGAGAUCCCAAGCUUCGUCAACGGCCGUAGAAACAAAUUCACUGCUGUCCAGGGUGGUACCUCCCGCCUUGAUGAUGACGAAGAUAGGAAACCGAACUUUGGUCAAGAAGGCGACUUUGAUGAGGUAGAUUAUGAUGAACAGUUUGAUGACGAUGAAGAGGGGGCUGGAAACUUGAACGAUGAAGCGAUGGAAGAAGAUGAGCUGAAGGAAUUAGCUGAAAAAAUGAAACGCGAGAUGCUGGCUGCGGGUAAGGCGGGUGACGAUGAGAGGGAGAAAGAAGAUGUGGAUAUGGCCAAAGACGACUUGUUCGGUGAACGAGAAGAUCUUACGAAAGAAGGCAAGGCAGUCAAAAAACUCCUGAUGCGUAAAGGGGAAGACGACGUUUACGAUAGUGAUGAUGAAGUGAGGAAUCCAUAUGCCUCGGAGGAAGACGAAUCAGACUUCGAAGAAGUGGUGCCUGCCCCUCCGAAUGGCCUCAGUCCAGCUGAGGCCAAGGAUCCUGCAUCGCGUUCGGGAACUCCAGCCCCAGGAUCGCAACCCGCAGGCUCAACGAAGAGCAUUAACAACAAGGGGCCUGCAACUCAAGCGGCUAACUUGAAAGGCGACAAACCACAAAGCCGGCCGACUUCUCGCUCCGGAACCCCCGCUCUUCCAAACCAUUCGCGUACCAAUUCGGCAUCACACCCCGUCCAUGGACACGCAGGCCCGGUCAAUCGCUCGCGAGCUACUAGUCCACAACUUCCAUCCUCUCAGUUUGCAUCAUCAUCAACUGCUUCACGAAGUCGUGCCGUUUCGCCCGUUCUCUCUUCACUGAAACCGAGCUCGCCUGAUUUAGCUAACACGACGACGACCACUUUCAAUGGGAAACGUAAACAGCAUCCUAACGGCGCGAUAGCUUCUAAGGAGAAAAAACUCAACUCGGGGCCGACACCUCCAACAAGAACCUCAUCCUUGGCUGGAAGUCCUAAUCCGGCCCAAGAGAUCGCAGUGAUAACCAAGGAACAGGUCGUCAAUAUCCUCAGAAUCCGCCCCCUGACAAUUAAAGAAUUGUUGGCCCACUUCAAACAGAGCUUGAAGGAAGGAGUUAAUAGAACAGUCAUCUUUGCCAUCAUCAGAGAAGUUGGCACUAUUAAUGAAGGGCGGCUCGUUUUGAAAGAUGGGUUUUGA